UGUGGUGGACAGCGCAGAGCAUUAUUCUCGCCGUGAUUUGCAAGGACUCCCCUCCCACCGGUCCACCUUCUGCGCGAAGAGCAGCCUGUUGCGCCUCUCUUUAUCAGUGUGGUGCCGACCAUGGCAGCGAACGGAGCGGCUGUGGCCGUCCCCGAGAGUGUGGACAGGGCACUGAAGCACAUCGUCCACGAGCGUGGCUGGAAAAACCCUAAGUACCACAUCGAGCAGGGGUCAAACGACGGUGACGGAUAUCUGAGUGCUUUGUAUCGCAUCGUCAUACGGAACGAGGAUGAUCCACUUUGCCUCAUGUGCAAGGCUAUGUUACCGUCCAUGGAAAAGUCACAUUUCGUUGAGGGUGCCUUCAGAUGCGAGAUUUUCGUCUACAAUAGACUGCUUCCUGCCCUGGAAGAGUUAGUACACCUCAAGAAGCCUCUGCCAUGGCCUAGGGGAUACCCCACGGACCCACAGUCACCUUGUCUGGUGAUCGAGGACAUGAAACCUCAGGGCUUCGGCAUCAACAAGAGGGGCGCCACCCUGGAUGAGAGGCAGUGCCGAUUAAUUGCAACCCAGCUUGCGCGCUUGCACGGAGCGGGCAUGGUGCUGGACAAGUUUCGUCCUGACCUCAUAGCCGAACUGAAGGAGAUGGUGGAUGAACCCGUCUGGCUGGAGGAAUUGAAAAACGUUUUCUUACCGUUCUUGAAAUCCAGUGUCAACACUCCUGACAUGCUCAAAGACAGAUUUCCGCCGUCUGUGAUGGAGAAACUAGAGAGUAUUAGCACGAUGUCUAUCGAGGACUAUUUUGAAUACCUGCGACCGGACCCGGAGGGAGGCAACUCCAUUGUUCACGGUGACUGCCACGUGAACAACAUCCUUUUCCAGCAGAAUGAGGCGGGAGCGACAGUGGGCUGCUGCCUGAUCGACUUCCAGAUCGUUCGGUACGCCUGGCCCGCCCCGGACCUCGCCAUCAUCCUGCUCUGCACGACGGAGAAGAAACUGCGGGACGAGCACUGGGCGUCGCUGAUGCGGCAGUACCACGACGAACUGCAGGGCACUCUGAGGGCGGGCGGCAUCGAGGACCCCGACUCCGUCUACCCCUGGCACAUGUUCCAGAGACAAAUGCAGCGUGCUUGCCGUAUGGCUGUGGGCAUGGUCCCGUGCAUGGUGCACGUCUUCACCGACGAUUCCGCCAUCAAGGACGUCCAGGGCGCCAUUGCGGACGCCACGGGCAGCGAAGAGGCUAAGGACAGCGAAGUCGCCGGCUUCCAAGUCAAAGAUACGCCCGAAGUGAGACGCCGCUACGGCGACGCGGUGCAGAGCAUGCUGGACUGGGGCUGGCUGUGAGAGUAAUUGGCAACCGGAAAUAAAACGCUUAAAAAAUUAAAAAUAAUAAUAAUAAUAGUAAAAAAACCUGUGA